GUGCAGAAGAUCGUCGCAAAGCGCUGCAUCAUUACCUCACCCUCCUUGCGGCCUCCUCCGUCGGUCUGCUCCGCCCUCGCUUCGAACAGUCCUCGUCGUGGUCUUCGUCGUUCUUCCGACCUCUCGAAAUCCAAAACAGAAACGCUGGCUCCCGGAAACGUCCCAAGAUUCAGGCCGCGGUCGUUGCCCCCUCGAUUUCUCCGGGGUCCCACACCGUGGUCGCAGUAGUAAACAUUGCCGUUGCCUCCUUGCGGUCUCUUCAGCUCGUCUCCCGUGGCCGCUCAUCCUACCUCAUUGGCCACCCGCCAAACACUCUUCCGUCCUCGUCGUCCUUGUAGUCCUAUCAAGCCCCCUUAUCCCACCAGAGUCGCAAACAUUCACGGCCUACCACACGCCCGUUUUCAAACACAGCCGAUAUCGACGACAGCUGCAGCCCGACUGCUGCUCAAGAGAUAAGAGUGCAGCCCAUUGGACCCUGUCCGGCGCUGUCGCUGCUGCAAGGCCUCUGCAUCCAAGCAAGCGUCAAGUCAAGCGCGCGAAGCACGAAGCAGUGAUCCUGCUGCUCAGCCUCCUCCAACACACCAACCGUCUCACCUUGAACAGUCGACGUGCGUGUCCAACAGAUCGCCACUCUUCGCACAUUUGCACAAGACCGACUACCCCGGCGUCCGAUCUGUCCUAUCUCGUUUUGUCCUCUCUUCAGCUUGCCACCCUGCUCCCUUCGAGACAACAGCCUGCCGAAGCCAACGUUCUCCUCCUCUCGCUGUGCUCUCACGACUAUUUCGUACACACGCCCUUUUCUUUGACUUGACGUCUUGGCCCUAGCCGGGUUAGAAGGGAUGCUGGUGUGCUUGCAUCACAAUACGCCCGAUCCUUUUAGCCUUCCGCCGACGAUACUCUCCGCGCUCCAACCGUUUGGCUUGCGCUGACUGGGCGCUUGCAACCACACCUCUCCGGUCGAAGCGCUCCUCUCUAUCGUUCGGCCUUUCACUUCCUCGCCGCCAAAUACUCGCCGACAAGGCGUCGUUGUGUGGACCCUCUCUGGUUCUCUUGCCACGGGCACCCUCACCCGGCUUCUACACCCGCGAAGUGCAAGCACAUCCAUCUUGUGGAAGCGGCGGCAGUUAUGAACGCAGUCGGGGAUGCAUUGGUUCUCGGCCAUGAGCUGUACGCUCGCGCCAACUCCACCGGCUCAGACAGCUCCACGCAAAGUAAGCCUACGUCGUACAAGAUCAUCGGACUCGUGCUUGCCAUCUCCUCCGGUCUAUUCAUUGGAGUGUCCUUUGUCCUGAAGAAGCAUGGGCUCCUCAAGGCCAACGAGAAAUACAACGAGGAGGCAGGCGAGGGCUAUGGUUACCUGAAGAAUUUUUGGUGGUGGUCGGGAAUGACGCUUAUGAUUUUGGGCGAGAUAUGCAACUUUGCCGCGUACCUGUUCGCCGACGCCAUCCUGGUCACACCGCUUGGAGCACUCUCCGUCGUCAUUACUGCCAUCUUGUCCAGCAUCUUCCUCAAGGAGCGUCUUAGCUUUGUAGGCAAGGUAGGCUGCUUCCUGUGCAUCCUCGGCUCUGUGGUCAUCGCAGCCAACGCGCCGGAGCAGCCCUCCGUUACCGACAUACAAGACAUGCAGCGCCUCGUUAUUGCACCAGGCUUCCUGAGCUUUAUGGGUGUCAUCAUUGUCGGCUGCGCUUUUGUAGCGCUGUGGGUCGGACCCCGAUACGGCAAGAAAAGCAUGCUUGUCUACCUGACCGUGUGCAGCCUGAUUGGCGGGCUGAGCGUGUCGUGUAUUCAAGGUAUCGGCGCCGCAAUUACGGCCCAGGCGAAGGGAGAGGCCCAAUUCAACAAGUGGUUUACGUAUGUGUUGUUAGUCUUUGUCAUCGCGACGCUGGUUACCGAAGUCAUAUUCUUAAAUAAAGCUCUGAACAUUUACAACGCAGCCCUUGUUACGCCCACGUACUAUGUGUACUUCACGAGCGCUACCAUUGUGACCUCGGCCGUGCUCUACCGAGGAUUCAACGGCACAGCUAUCCAGAUUCUGACUGUAGUACUGGGUUUUCUAGAGAUCUGCGCAGGCGUCGUUCUGCUACAGAUGUCCAAGUCCGCCAAAGACGUUCCAGAUGCAGCCGUCUUUGCAGGCGACCUUGACCAGAUGCGCACCGUGGCCGAGCAAGAGGAGCCAGAGUACGAGCCUCGCGCCGACGCAAUUCGAGGCGGCAGCGCGAUCAUCCGAAGCAUUAGCAGAGCACGCACGCAAAAGGAAUUGCAAGAGGCGAAAAAGUUACGGGAAGAGCACCUCAACAUGCUACCAAUCGGCGAGAACGAGCAAAUCGAAUUUGACGGCAUCCGUAGGAGACGCACGACGAUACGCAGCUCAAGGAGCGGAUCGGUCAUCACCGCUCCCGGGACGCCAGGCCGGAGGAAUACAAGGACGGUGCACCCGCCGCUGGGCAUGAGCAAAUUCCCAGACCUGGAGGACGAGGAGCACCAGAGUCAGCAUCCCGAUGACGCGAGCAUGCACCCUGGCUUCUUUUCAAACUUCAUUCGGAGAAAUCGCAGCUCCAAGGCCCUGCCUCCUACACCCACCGCGGAAUCGCAUCCACUCAGCCCCGUGAAGACGGGCGACUCCACUUUUGACGACGGCAUUGUGCAUCCCAGGCCACAGUACAUGAGUCAAGGAUUCCCGCCCGGCUUCAUCUCUCAUUCUGAGACUGACACGUCGUACAAGUCGCCCGGCACAACGCACGUGCAGUGGGCUUCAGACCCGGCACUGCGUCGUCCAGAUUCGAGACCCGGCGUCCUGGAUCCGCCAGCGCCGCCGCCUCACGGAAGACCUAUCACGCCUGGCAGCGCAAAGCGACAGUUCAGCUUUCAGAAUGUGCUGCACCCGCGCCGGCAAACAUCUUCGUCACAUGACGACGCACGGCCUGUUUCGCGAGGUGGACUGUCUUUCAUUACGCGUGGUGCCUCACGCAAUGGUAACAAGGGUGGUACCGAAGAGGAGAGGCUAGGGCUCGUCAAAGGUGACUCGUCCUCCCAGCUGGCGCGAGUGCGAUCCGAGUCCCCACCUGAAUAUGAAGAAGAAGACGACUGGCAGGUCACAUCGGAUGGCUCAUCUCCACGCGCCAUUGAGGUUGGCAGUUUCGUGGACGUCCAGCAGACCCGUCGACCACUUUAUAUGAGCGAUCCCCCGGCGACAGAGCAGCCUGGGCCGAGGGAGAGAAGAACCACAAACGAGAGCCUGACGAGGACGAGGCCGAGAGGCGGGACAGAGACUUCGGGUCAGGACGAGAAGAGCGGAGGGCCAAGCGGCGGCGCGUUCAUAUGAGAAGGCGUUGGUCAACUUCGCUGUGUACAUGUCUUCAUUCCUUUUCUCAUCUCAUGGGCGCACUCGCGCAUCGAAAUCCGAGGCACCGUGCUAAUCACCGUUGUCUGGCUUUGACUCUUACAUCACUUGCUUUUUCACUGCAUGGCGUUCCGCGAGGGAAUAUUGAAUGUGCGUUGUGAACUGGGAGGACGAUCCGCAACAGAAAGAAUUUUAGACAGCAUCGGGCCGCGUGGAUAUAUAUCUUCUAUUGCUAUGACCUUGUCCUCCAUGCGGCCCCACCUUUCCAAAGCUUGGAUCACGAGGAUAGACAGAGAAAGCCUGAGCUUGGUCAUUUAUCUCGGCACGCUGCGUUGUUGCUUGCCUUGUUGUAGAAGGUCUGGACCUAGUGUAUGCAUAUAUAUAUGUGUGUGUGCGUGCGUGUAUGUCUGGGGCAUGACCCGCAUGAUGCAACGAGUAAUGCAACGAAUGAACG